GUUGUAAUAAAAGAUAUUGCGUUUCAGAUACCUAUAUUAUCUUAUCAAGAUUGCUAGAGAUCAGUUGAUCGCGCUUGAUUUCUCGUGAGUUGGGAAUCACGGACACAGAAACUCGAAAUACAACAAAACCGCAAAGGACCUCAACCAAGGAUCAACCGCCACGAAGCUUCGCAAGAACAUCGGGCGCCGAGCCCAAAACGAAGCAAGGCCCCGAUAGCAGCCGAUCCAACAGAAAAUGACAGAUCGCAGCCGACGCGUGCGACGUCAAGUCAGCGAUGUAACUGAAGACUUUUCCGACGAUUCAGAAACAGGGAGUGGUGAAGAUUACGACCCUAGAAAAGCAGACUCGAUGCGUAGAGCAGGCAGAUAUGAAUCCUCAGGGGCUUCUAGCCAGACGUCCUCCAGGCCGCGCCGAUCUGGAAACUCAACCUCGAUCUCAUCAGCAUCCAUUCAACGAGGAUUCGGCUCCCAAGAAGACCGACGACAUAGUCUCAAGUUGACCGUGAAAGCACCGCCCAGCAAACUCCGCGAGGUCAUGCGCGCCAAUGAAGUCGAGACACUGAAAGACACACUCGGUGGGGGCCAGGUCUUGGAUGGACCCCGAUCGAGCCGUAGAUCGACACUCGCUGCCAGAACCGGUGUUCGUGGCGCCCAAAAGCCAAAGUAUGCCGACUUUGGUGAUAGUGAAGAAGACGACGAUGACGCAGAGGAAGACGAGGAGGAAGAAGAGGAAGAGGAUGAGGAAGAAGAAGUUGAGGAGGAAGAAGCAAUGAAUGAUUUUGAUGCACUCGGCGCAGAGGCGGAAGGCACCACCGACGAAGACGAAGAUGUCGAAAUGGAAGAUGCUCCUGCUCCUCCACCGUCAAAGAAAACAGCCCCACCCAAAGCACCCAAGAUCACCUUGAAGCCACCAGCCAAGAAAGUCGACGGUAAACAAAGCAAGCCCAAAUUGGUCGUCACCCCAGCCAAUGUCGGUCCCGUCAAGUCGGUCGAAGACCAGGAAAUGGAGGAUGACCCAGGUGACGAAGAAGUCGAGGAAGGCUCUUCUGACCUGUCCGACGAAGACAACGAAACUCCCGCCAAUGCCGACGACGAAGAUGCGGAAGGCGAGGAAGAUGAGAUUGAAGUAGGAGAGACGACUCUUCAGGCUGAGGAUGAGGAAGAGCUCGACGAGGAUGACGAAGAAGACGACAGUGACAGUCUCGACGAUAGUGACGACAUGCCUGCGUCUGGUAGUGCUACUCCAGAUCUGAGUAGGAUGACCAAGAGGCAAAGAGGCAGACCGGAAGAUCAGAACACACUGAUGGCUUUGGACAUGGCACCUCAGCAGCGAAAGUUCUUCACCGAUGAGGAAAAGGCGAUGAAGAAAGACGAGCAUGCCAGAAAGCGCAAGGAAUUGACAAAGCGAAAGGUGCAAGAAGAAAAGACAGCUGCCUUGAAUCGUUUGCUCAAACCUCAAGUGUCCAAAACUCGAGGUGCCGCUCCGAAACCAGAAACCCUUGCAGCUGCAGCGGCCGCAAUCGGAUCGCCAUAUGAAGAGGACGAUUACGUGACGAGGGCCCAUCCGCUUUACACGAGAUGGAUCAGUACGAAGGAUGGCAUCAAGCUUGGUGUUCCAGAAGUUUGGUUGGGUAAGAAUGUUGGUAAAUAUUUUGGACCACCUCUUCCGCCGAGUAAUGGCUCGCUUGUGCAAGAACUCGACUAGAGAGAGACGGAGGGAUUGGUUUGAUGACGAUGAUGAUCGGGGGUGUCACUGCCUGCACUGGCGUCGUUGUGAUUGUAUGAGUAUCAGCAUGGUUACAUUCGGGACACUUCAACAACGAACAUGGAUAUGGGGGCAGGUCGGUUGGUACGAGUAGACAGAUAGGACUCCUUACUGCAUUUGAAAGGGUCGAGAACUUGGUACUCUCAAAAACGAAUAAAAACUUAUUUCACUUCUG